AUGUUCAAUUCUAUGAACCUGAUCCACAGGGUCAUCCUUGCUCAGGUGGAUACCAUCGCCAUCUCAAUGGAUAACAUGGCUCAAAGUACUUUAAAAAAUAGGAAUUUGGAAAGGGUGUUCAUUCCUCAUGGACUGAUUAUGGACAGGACUGAAAGGCUUGCUCGAGAUGUGAUGAAAGAGAUGGGAGGCCAUCACAUUGUUGCUCUCUGUGUGCUGAAGGGGGGCUAUAAGUUCUUUGCUGACUUGCUGGAUUACAUUAAAGCACUGAAUAGAAAUAGUGAUAGAUCCAUUCCUAUGACUGUAGACUUUAUCAGACUGAAGAGCUACUAUAACGACCAGUCAACAGGGGACAUAAAAGUGAUUGGUGGAGACGAUCUCUCAACCUUAACUGGAAAGAACGUCUUGAUUGUUGAAGAUAUAAUUGACACUGGCAAAACAAUGCAGACCUUGCUUUUGUUGGUCAAGCAGUAUAAUCCCAAAAUGGUCAAGGUUGCAAGCCUGCUGGUGAAAAGGACCCCUCGAAGUGUUGGAUACAGGCCAGACUUUGUCGGAUUUGAAAUUCCAGACAAGUUUGUUGUAGGAUAUGCCCUCGACUAUAAUGAAUACUUCAGAGAUUUGAAUCAUGUUUGUGUCAUUAGCGAAACUGGAAAAGCAAAAUACAAAGCCUGAAGGUGAAAGUUCAAGCUGAAUUUGCACAACAUCAGGAGUCUCAUUGACGUCGCCAGUAAAGUGAUCGAAUGUUCUGGUUCUGUGGCCAUGUGCUUCAAUAGAGCUUUGUGCAUGUACCUUAUGAAAGUUUUUAUCUGUUUUGUAUUUUAGAAAUGUCAUUUGCUGCAUUCCUAAACUCUUUGUUUGCACUAUGAGCCUAUAGACUAUCAGUUCCCUUUGGAAGGAUUGUUAAACAAAUGUUAAACUUGUGAAUGAAAAAAAUUAUCUUAAAUCACACCACUAUGAGAUGAAAAUAUUGAGGUUGUAUCUGUAAGAAACAUUUAAAGAGAAGAUAUUAGUUUUUUAAUUGGUAUUUUAAUUUUUAUAUAUUCAGGAAAGAACAGAGGUGAUUGCAUAUUGUUAAUUAUGUCACUGUGUGUUUAGAAA